UGUUGGCAGCGGACGUUUCCUAGUCGGUAUUUCAAUUCGCGUUACGCAAAUUUAAAUUUUACCCAUUCAAACCCCAAAACAGUUGUCAUUUUUAUUCCAUUUUCCGAAAAAAGUGAAGUGCUGGAAAUUUAUCAUUUUUAUUUCUGGAAUUAUCAACUGAAAUUACGAAGGAAUUGCUGAAAAAAAAAAUUGCACAUCAGUCCACGUCAGUCCAUUCUCAGGACUUCGAUCGUUUAUUUUACCUCGUGGGUGGAGGCGUCGGUGGAGUUCAAAUUCUGGGUUAUGAAGGUGUGAAAUAUGAAGAGCGAGAGGGCUGUUACGGAGCAUGUGGCAUACCUGGAGAACAUGGAGACCGAUUUUGGGGUUGAGGCUGAAUUGACUAGUUUGUCGUGGCUGCAAUCACUUGACAUCACCAGUGCUUCGAGUCUACCUACGCCACCAUGUUCACCAUCACCACCACCACCGGUAGCGCGACGACCGCCAAAGAAAAUGUCACCCCUUCUAAAAGCUGAAAUUGACUUGGCGGAGAAUGCAGAUAAGUACCAGACAGAUCCGGACGCUAAACCUCCGUUUUCCUAUGCAACAUUAAUUUGUUUAGCCAUGCGGGCUCACAACAACAAAUUAACUCUUUCGAAUAUCUACGCGUGGAUAAGAGAGCACUUCAUGUAUUAUAGAAACGCUGAUCCGGCGUGGCAGAAUUCAAUUCGACACAACUUGUCUUUGAACAAGUGCUUCGUGAAAUUACCGCGGUCGAAGGAUGAGCCUGGUAAGGGUGGUUUUUGGAAGCUCGACCUGGAGAGAUUGGAGGAGGGCAAGAGAACCAGGAGACGACCUGCCACGUCUCGUUACAAUCGUCCAAGGAAAAACGACAGCGAACCACCACCUGUCACCUCAAAUCCUACACUCUACGAGACACCACCGAGCAGUGUCUCACCACCUAUUCCUGACAGUCUCCCCGAAGUCCCCGAAUCCACUCAAGUAAGUUUAACUGAGGACGAUCUGACGGGUCUGCUCAUAGCCACCGUUGGCUGGGACGAAAAUCAACUCGAUCUUCUCGAUUCCCUCCUCGACUCCCUGUAAAUCCCCUCAGGGACACACGGAGAAAAAUUUUUUACCAGCAAAACAAAAAUUAUACUUUAAUCAACCAAAAGAAAAUUAUAAAAUAUUCUGCAUUCAAUUUAUAUUUUUUUCCACAAAGCAAAUACCCAAAAAACGAAAAUUCAAGACAAAUCGUUUUGUCCCCUAAAUUCUAGAAUGAAUUUAUAUUUUUGCAUCUUAAAAAAUGAAAAUAAAAAUUUAUUUCAUACCGACGAAUUCGGCCGAUUCAGUAAUUAAUCAGUAGUCAGGGUAAUUUAUUUAAAUAAAUUUUUCUCCGUGCAGGACCGUGGAGGCUCAUUAAUCCAAAGAGUAAUUAUUAAAUUAUGAGUAGUUUCAGACCAAUAGACGUGACGAUAUCUAAGGGAUUUCCCUUUUUUAUUGUUCAUGGAUAAGUUGAGGAUUUUGACAGUGAAAAUUAAUAAAUUAAAAAUGUGCCUUUCAAUUUAAGAAAAAUUGUAGAUUAUUGUUGAAUUAGAUGUAUAUAUCAGCGGCGAAGUGAUAAAACAGGAAAAAGUCAUUUUGUCGAGGUGAAAUAAUUUUAAUUAAUCGAUCUAAACAAUUCAGUAGCAAAAUGGUAAAGAGCAACACGUCAACUUGUUAUACAAUCCAGUUAUCGCGUGAUAUCUCGGAAUCAGCGAGAGAUAUCGAAUUUUCAAUAGAAACCUUUUUUGCAGAUUGAAUCGAGAGCAACAAAAAAGGUCAUUACAAAAAUAUCGCCAUCUCCUCCCGAUUCCGAUGUUUUCCAUGACUUUAUCUCUUCGCUACUGAAUUCUUUAAUUUCUCCACAAUUUCAAUAUCUUUUCAACAUCAAUAACCAGUUAUUGCCGGAUAAAACUACUCAUCACUUCGUUACUGAUUUAAUUUCCAUAUAAUUACGGCCGAGCUGCUGCUGUAAAUACGUUAUCUACAAUCUAUUAUUUAAAAAUUUGUUUUAAAAAACAGAGCAAACUGAGUAUAGAAUCAAAAAUAUUUCUAGAUAAUUGGUAAUAGUUUUGAAAUGAUCUUAUGUAGUAAUAAGAAUUUAAUUGAUAUUUCUGGAUAAUUCGCAGUUAUUUCCAAUGUAUAAAUUGCUAUAAUACGCAUCUAGUUACGUUCCACCAUCAGUGUGAUACAAUUAUUUUAAUUGAGUGUGUUUUUCUCUUGAUUAAAAAAAUAAUGCCUUCAAAAUAUCCGUCCAACUACACACGGGAUUUAAUGUAAGAUAUAAAACCGACGAGAGAGUUCCCUCGAGCCUUUCGUAUCCGAUUGGAGUGUGGAAAUAGUCAGUAAUAAUUAUUUAUAAAUAAUACAUAAACGAGUGCCUCGCGUUCCAUUGUAUCUCCAUUUAUCUUGUACUAUACAUAUAUUUAUUAAUUUAUUAUUUGUAUUGUUAGUAAACACGUAAUAAUA